AGGGACCGGCGUUGGGGUGUUGGCCUCAUUCUAACUUGCUUGACACGUUUGUGUUCGUCAACCGAGUCGCACUGAAAGUGACGCAGCUGGUCAUGGCGGCGCUGCUGAGAGGUCUGCGGGCUGGAAGGGCAUUGAGGGGGCUGGGAGGCGCGGUGGCUGCACCUACAGCAACAAACCCCAAAUGCAGCAGCCUGAGACGAGGCUUCCACUGUGCAGCACUGAGGCUUCAGGAUGAAUCCAAACCUUACAAACCCCCCACCUCCUCAUCCACAACCUACCACGAGCACUACCAGGCUCACUCGACUGAACAGGACACAACAGCAGCUUCACAGGGAGGUGCAGCAGCUGACCCAGCAGAGGAGGAGGCUUCCAGGCCAAACACCAGCUACCAGGACCAGAGUGGAGAGCAGGGUGAAGAGUAUGAAACAGAAGAGCAGCUUCAAGCUCGAAUCCUAGCCGCCGCUCUGGAGUUCGUCCCGCAGCACGGCUGGUCGAUGGAAGCCAUUGCGGCUGGUGCUGAGACUCUGGGCCUGUCCUCUGCUUCCACUGGUAUGUUCUACAAUGGUGCUGGAGACUUGGUGCUUCAUUUCAUCGCCCAGUGCAACUCACAGCUGACAGAGAUCUUGGCCGAACAACACAAGCAUGUUCAGCUGGGCCAGGCCGAACCAAAGAAGACUGCUGACUUCCUAAGAGAUGCAGUGGAGACCAGACUGAGGAUGUACAUCCCCUACAUUGAAACAUGGCCUCAGGCAAUGAGCAUCCUGCUCCUUCCUCACAACAUCCCUGACAGCCUGAAGCACCUCUCCACUCUGGUGGACGACAUCUGGUUCUAUGCUGGAGACCGAUCCACAGAUGUGAGUGGAUCCCAUCACCCUCGAUCCCCUCCUUCUUCUGCUCAUACCUUCCUGUCCCCCUUUCAUCACCACCCCCACAAUGUCCGGCCUGCAACCUUCCAGAUGAACUGGUACACCAAACGGGCUGCGUUGACCGGCAUCUACAACACCACAGAGCUGGUGAUGGUUCAGGACUCAUCUCCAGACUUCCAGGACACCUGGAACUUCCUGGACAACCGCAUUCAGGAUGUAGUCAACAUGGCCACCACUGCCAAACAGGCGCAGGCGACUGGGGAAGCAGUUGUGCAGGGGCUGAUGGGAGCUGCUGUAACACUGAAGAAUUUGACAGGAAUGAACCAGAGGCGAUGAGGUUAAAACAUCAAUCAGUCGCACCGAUCCUGACAGAACGUCAAGUUUGUGUCAUAAGCUGUACAUCAAUUAAUUUUCUCUUUUCCCCUUUUUUCUGAUUACCUGUCUGAAAUGACUAUGGAUUAAGUGGAUUAUGAUUAUUCAGUAAGAGAAAGUUAUCAUUUGACACAGGCCAAAUGUCUCUCGCUCUAUUCAUCUGCAGGACCAGUGACUUUUGUUUCACUGCCAAACAUUAUGCUGUCCUGCUUCAAUCUUUUUACUCUGUAUAAAAAGACACAGAUCUGUCAUUUUGCUGUUGGAUCACUUUCGACUUCAAUAAAGUAGUUAUUAUUGUAUAUUAAA